GUAAUAUUUUCGUCAAAAAAGUUUGCGGAUUCAAUCGGCGAUAUUGAAUACCUCCCGCAGACACAAAAUCGUUGAUUCAGAGCAGUGUUUGACUAAUUUUUUCUCGUGCAGAAGCAAACAGUAAUCGCCGGUGGCUAGCUGUUUAUCCAUCUUGUUUUUUCAACGAUCGUUUGUGGUUAGAAAUUGAAUUUUUCUCAAGCCCUUUGUGAUUGGCGGGAGUUUGAAUUUUGUUAAACUUUCGAUUUUUGGCUUUAUUUGGUGUUGUACAAGAGAUUGCAGUUCACCUAACUUUGUAUUGCUACUUCAUAUCAAAUCGUUUUAGAUAGGGAAUUCGUGUAUAGAUUGAUGGACAUGGGGGUUUCGGAUAACACGAGGGGAUUAUUAUUGGCAAUGGUGUCGAGUUUGUUUAUAGGAACGAGCUUUAUAUUUAAGAAGAAAGGUCUUCUCCGAGCUGCUGCUGCUGGUACACGCGCAGGCUGUUGGUUGUCUUGCAAUACUCAGGUGUCGGGGGCUAUACUUACCUGUUAGAGCCUCUAUGGUGGGCCGGCAUGAUUUCUAUGAUUGUUGGGGAGAUUGCGAAUUUUGUUGCUUAUAUCUAUGCCCCUGCUGUUCUUGUUACCCCUCUUGGUGCAUUGAGCAUUAUUGUUAGUGCUAUUUUAGCACACUUUCUGCUGAAGGAGCCGCUGCGACAGAUGGGAAUUUUGGGAAUUAUAUCUUGCAUAGUUGGAUCGGUUGUAAUUGUUGUUCAUGCCCCUCAAGAACCAACUCCAUCUUCUGUUCAAGAAGUCUGGGAUUUGGCAUCCCAGCCAGCAUUCCUCAUUUAUGUGGCAGCUUCAGUAUCACUUGUGCUACUUCUCAUUGUGUAUUUAGAGCCUCUCUACGGGCAGACAAACAUACUCGUCUACUUAGGAAUUUGCUCUAUAUUGGGAGCAAUCACGGUUAUGAGCGUGAAGGCCGUUGGCAUUGCGAUAAAACUCACGUUGGAGGGGAUCAAUCAGUUCGAAUCUACUCAGACUUGGUUUUUCCUUUCAGUUGCAGUAUUUUGUCUGAUCACACAGUUGAAUUAUCUGAACAAGGCGCUCGACACUUUCAAUGCUGCAAUAGUCUCUCCGAUACACUAUGUAAUGUUCACAACUCUGACCAUAAUCGCCAGCUCCAUCAUGUUCAAGGACUGGUCGGGUCAGAAUGCGAGCAGCAUAACCUCCGAAGUGUGUGGUUUCAUCACAGUUCUCUCAGGGACGAUCAUUCUUCACAUGACUAGAGAAGAGGAGGCGUCAUCACCUCCAACAGGAACCAUAGUUUGGUACGAUGGAGAUUCAUCGAAAGCUUUAGAAGGAGCUCAUUUUAUUUCAUUGCAUAGCUCUGAUUACUUUGAACUUGUCUCUGGAGACAAAGUGAUGGCAGCAUAGCUUUACACAGAUUUCGACCGCCGCUGAUGGCUGAGCCACCUCGGCUAAUCGGCUGCAGCAAGAGCAGCGUGGGGAGAUGGUGAUAUAGGGAAGGGUGUGGAUUUCAUUUUUUGCGAUGUUCUUGUAUUUUGUGAGUAGAAUAUGUAAAUUAUUCUCUUUUUUUUUUUUUUUUUUUUUUUUUUUUUUUUUUUUUUUUUUUUUUAAUUUUUGAUGGUUUGGAUUUUGUAACGAUUUUUAUUAUUCCAUUGGCUUGUUUGCUAACUGGGAUAUAGAGCCUUACGAUUAUUAUUUUUCCA